GCGCAGCGGCUGCGCAGGGCGGGGCCCCUGGCGCGGACGCUGCGGAGCGGGCUCGGCGGCGGCGACGCCGCAGGCCUUGCGGCGGCCGCGGCGGGCGUGCCGCCCAUUCGCGAGGCGGUGGCGGCCGUGGACGGCGGCGACGGCGCUGGUGGGCAGCGCACGGGCCUCGCGCUCGUGCAGGUGCCCGUCGAAGUCGGCGACGCCCGCGAUGACGAGAGCGUGGCAGCGAUGCACGUCGGCGUGCAGAGCGCCAGGCCGUCCCCGCCUGCGCUGGGGCCAGGCGCACGUGCCGCCCUGCCCGCAGGCCUGCGGGUGCGGGUCCGCGGCACGGGCACGGCUCAGGACGGAGCAGCGGCGGAGGUGAUCUGGGACGCCACGGACCAGGGCAUGGACGUCGCGAUCGACCCUGACGGCACGGGCGCGGUCUUCAGGGUUCCUCGCUCCCUCCUGGAGCCCCUGGGCCCCAGCGCUGGUGCAG